UACUAAUUACGACUUCCGAAUUUCGAGAGGGUAGGAAGUGAAAAAGGAAGGAAGCAUUCAUUCCACUAAGCAGAAGAUCUUUCCUUUUCAGUGGAGUGAAUAGAGAACAGACGCUUCGUGGGAUCUCGGAACCUGAGAUUGAAAGCACCACCAGAAGAGGUCAAAAAAAAUAAAAAAAAAGGGAAAACAAAAUCAGUCACCUUCUUCAAAAAGCUCAUUUUUGGCGACAGACGGACGUCGAAGCUUCGAACAACUGCAUUAUUUUUCUUUAAUCUGUUCCACCGGUUUGUUUGCUCUGUAAAAUCUCCAUUUCUAGGGUUUCUCAGGAGGAAUUCUUUAGAAUCUGGUGGCGAGUGCUCGGUUUCUAGGGUUCCGGAGCUCGUUUCUGUGGCCCGAUUGAUUGCAGGUCGUGAAUUCUUGAUACACAGUUGCAUCCACGUUGAAGGGAGAUUUGAUGGGCCUUUUUGGUUCUGAAUUUGUAGUGGAGAAGAGAUUGAGAGACGUUAUAGCGUUUGACUUAACCUUUUGAGACAGAAAUAAAUUCCAGGAUAUGGGAUGCCUUGUAUCAACACCAAAAGAUUCUGGAGGAAAUAGAAGAAGGCCAGGAAAUGUAGGGGAGGUGGCUGUGUUUGUUCCUGGAUUACGAAUUCCUAAACCUCUAGACUUCUCUCAGCCACUUGGUGAUAUCCUGUCCAAGGGCCUAGUUGAACGUCUCUCUGCUCUUAGAACUAGAAUAGUUGUCAUGGUUGGCCAAGAAGCACCAACAGCUACAAAAACAAGAAGAAGAACAGCCACACGACAUGGAGGUUCGACAUUGGCUGAUCUUCAACAGGCUCUUGAAGAUUACUUACCAGUUCUAUUAGGACUAGUUAAAGAUGGAAACCAGUUACAACAUAAAGUACAAUUUACUUGGGUUAAUCAGGAGGAUGAUGCAGAGGAAACAGCCAUGCCCAAUGCAUGGUAUGAGGUACUGUCAGUUUUACAUUUGAUGGCCAUGCUAUCGUUAUCACAGGCCAAUUUAUUGCUUCUUCCUAAAGCAUCUACUGAUGGUUAUCAGCCAAAGGUAUCGGAAGCAGAGAGCAGACGUACUUCUAUAGAUGUUUUCUUGAAGGCAGCGGGAUUUUUAGAUUGUGCUCUCAAUCACGUUAUCCCCCAAUUGCCCCCUGAACUUAGGAGAGUUCUUCCUGUAGACCUUAGAGAAGGAACACUGCAAGCUCUAUGCAUGCAAGCAUUGGGUCAGGGUGUGGAUAUUCAACUAGGAAUGGCAAUUGAUAGUACCAAAGCUACAAUAGCAGUGAAACGAAGGCUUGCAUGUGAGAUGGUUAAGUAUUGGCAUCAGGCUGAGGAUAACAUUAUCAACCUUCCAUUGACAAAUGGUUGGGGGGAAAAGCAUAAGCUUUAUGUCAAGUGGAAACAUGUUGAGGCAAAGGCUGCAGCAUAUUAUUAUCAUGGUUUGAUACUUGAUGAGGGGAAUACAGAGAAAUCUCAUGGUAUGGCUGUUGCUGCCUUGCAAGUAGCAGAGGAGUUUCUCAAAGACAGUAAGAAGGCUUGUGAGGCCUUCAACAUGGCUCCUCCCCUAUCAAGGAAUCCACUUCUUUGGGGAACCAUGAAGUAUCUCUCUGAGAAGAUUCCAAAGGAUACUUCCAGCAAGGUGCGGAUCAACCGUGAUCUCUACAGUAAUGAAAGGAUUAUGGAGAAGGCACCUGCAUUGCCAGAUUUUGCUUUGGCACUGAAACCUGAUGAAUAUCAACUUCCUUCUAUAAGCCCCUCAUGGAGUGAGGAAAAUAUCAAGGGUCAAUUUGGAUUUAACCAUCGCAAGCCUGAUAAAACAUAGACAAGUUGAUUGCUUAGCUUAUAGAGACGAUGGACCGGCUUUUAUGGAGAAGCCAAUUGAAAGACUCUACGAGUAUUCCGGCUGUGUACUAAAAUUCAUGUCCGUAGCCUUUUUUUUUUUACGUUUCUUUUUUUUCCCCAAUGCCCAUGAAUAGCCCGAGUGGAGUGGCAGAGCUUCGUGUACAAAUAACUUCGUGGUGUAAAGCGUUCAUUGAUUGAAAUAGAAAAAAGAAAGGAGAGAAAAAAAUGGAAAAACUCA